CUUCUAUGGUGUAGUAGAGGGAGUGGGAGAGAGGGUGAGAGGAGGGGGUACCUCACAAAGAUGUUGCGUGAUUUUUUGGGAAAUUUAUUUAUUUAAAUAAAAAAAAUGGCCGCCGCAGAGAGCGGAGAGGAGAGACUAGGUGACGGAAAGGGGGAGGACCAGGAGGGUUCUAAAGAAGCAACUCAAAAACAGAGGAAAAGCAAAAAAGAGCAGGAACAGGAUGUGGAGAGAGACGAGCCUGCCGUCGCGGAGGGGGACGACGGACAACGGGCGGAGGCGGGCCAAUCCGAGCCCUCGGCCCCCGAGUCUGCAGCGGCCCUUGGCGGUCCCGAAGCUUCUUCCUCGUCCAAGCAGCGGCGAUCCAUCAUCCGGGACCGUGGGCCCUUGUACGACGACCCCUCGCUGCCUCAGGGCUGGACGCGCAAACUCAAACAGCGCAAGUCGGGACGAUCGGCUGGCAAAUUCGACGUCUACCUGAUCAACCCAGAAGGGAAAGCCUUCCGUUCCAAAGUGGAGCUCAUGGCGUACUUCCAAAAGGUGGGUGACACCACCACAGACCCAAAUGACUUUGACUUUACGGUCACGGGCCGUGGGAGCCCAUCGCGCAGGGAGAAAAGACCGCCGAAGAAGCCCAAAGUGGCCAAACCGACCGGUCGAGGGAGGGGCCGGCCGAAGGGCAGCGGCAAAGUACGGCAGGCCACAGAGGGCGUAGCGGUGAAACGUGUGGUAGAAAAGAGUCCGGGCAAACUCCUCGUCAAGAUGCCCUUCGUGGCUCCAAAAGCAGAGGCGGGAUCACCCUCAGGGCAAGUCCCUGUCGUCAAACAGCGCCCAGGACGCAAGAGGAAAGCAGAGAAAGAGCAGCCGAGCGCGCCAAAGAAACGCGGCAGGAAGCCAGCAGCUGCUUCUCAGUCUGCAGCAGGAGGGACAGGCUCAAGUGCAGCUUACGCUGCUGCAGCCAUCGCGACAUCGGAGGCCAAGAAGAAAGCGCAAAAGGAACUAGCAGCCAAGCCUGUGCAAGAGAAGGCGCUUCCCAUCAAAAAGCGCAAGACACGGGAGACUAUGGAGGAGGCAGAAGGGUCCACAACGACCACACCCGAGGCACCGAGCAGCGUAGCAAAACGACCUGCGAGUCAGUCGGCGCCCUCUUCUGGAGCAGAGUCAGAAACGGGACAGAAGCUUCACAAGCACUCGAGCCGUAAGCAUAAGGAAGCAAUGGAUUCAGGAAAUGGCAGCAGCAGUGGACCGAAGGUCCACAAAAAGAGAGAUCAGCGUGAGCAACAACUGAAACACCUCCACCAUCACCAUCAUCACCACCAUCACCAACACCACCUGCCCCUGAUGGAGCCGUCCAUCUUCACCCCGCAGGCUCACCAGCUUUCACUCGGCCACUCCAUGCACGGAGGACCCCCGGUGGAGAACGAGCCCCAGGACUUGAGCACUUCCAGGUCGAGACAGGAGCCGCUAGCCUGCAGGGAGGAGGCCCGAACCGACAGCCACACGGUUAGAGACACUUCAGGCAAGAUGGCAGCAACGGAGUUGCGAACCCAACAGCAGCAGCAGCAGCAUGGCACUGUGACGGGGGAUGGAAAGGAACUGAGAGACAUUGUUCCUCCUUCUGCCGUUCCCAGGCCGAGUCGAGAAGAAACAGUCGAGUCCAGGACGCCUGUGAGCGAACGCGUGAGCUGAAGGAUGUGACUGACAUUCAGACUAACUGACCAAUCAGCAGCGACGGCUGUGUUCUCACGCAGGAAUAGAGGCACUCACAGGGGGAGGAGUUGUUUUUUUGUUUUGUUUGGUUUCUUUUUUUUCAUUUGUUUGUUUUUCUGUUUUUUUUAAAACAAUAAUAAUGAAAAAAAUCUGUAAAUGUACUUACAAAAGGCAGCUGUUGUGUCGAGUGUCGUGAGUUGGAUGCAGCGCGAUGAUGCAGUCGCUGGCGUAAUGCUUUCUGAACGAAUUCUCCGAUUUCUUUUCCUUUGCCCAGUUUCAUUUUAUCCUUCUAUCAAUAUAGAAAAAAAUCAUAGGAACCACAUGUUAUUGCUUCAUUAGAGCUUCUAGGAAUACAGCAAGACACCGAGACGGUGACGGACGCACAAGUAAUACUUCACCGGGAAGCUGAUUUACGACUAAUCCUCUCCCUGCCAACCGCAAGACGCCUCCCAGACGUGUUAGAAUCAAGGGGUUGAUCUGACAUCGCGAUCCUCCUUUUCCUUCAUAUCGUAGACGUGACUGUUAGAAGAGAGGCGUUCUGGUUAUCUGCAUGGAGAGCGUCGGUUCUUUCUAAAAGAAAGGCCACACACUUCAUGGAAAAAAACAAAACAGAAACAAAACUGCAGCACUUGUACCUAGUCAAUCAUUUUAAAACAAGAAAGGCUAAUCAAACCCUGAGAGACGGUCUAUGGGGGCGGGGUGGUUUUUAAAUGUCCUUUUUAUUUUUUUCGGACAUCAAUCAUGUUUCGCGAUGGCCGAUUUAGUUGGGAACACGAACGUCUUUCUGUCGUUCUCGCAUUUUAAGCAGCGAGACAGAUAGAGAGAGAGAGAGAGAGGAAUGUUUGAGCGCUGAGUAAUGUGAUUAACCUCGCCAUCUGUUUCGGCGGUGAAGGCUAGCAGCAGACUAAUAUAGUAAUACAGUAGGAAAGGUUUUCUCUGUUCUACUACUACUUCUUUUUAUGGACGGGGAUCCGGGGAUCGAGUGGGGGGGGGGGGGGGCUAAGCACAAAUGGAUCCGUGAAUGAAUGCCGAAAGCACAUUUAAAAUAAGCGCGUGGAAGGGGGAAAAAAAUAAAAAAUAGAAAUGAAAUUCCAAAGCAGUGCUUUCUAACAUGUUUUCUUCCUCUACCUCUUCCUUUUUUCCCUCAUUAGCGCUUUUUUUUUUUUAAUAUAUAUAAACAUAAAGUGAAAUCGGAAACAGCGGCCUCGUGUUUCCUCAACACAUCAGAGCCGAAAAGUAUUUGGCCAUUUUUUUUUUUUUUUCUUGUCCUCCUCGUCAUGGUGACGGAGCACAAAUAGGGAAGUUGGACGACGAACAGAAGAGGCGAUGUAUGCGUGCUAUAUUUACCAGACUUCCUCUCGUAAGACAGCUGCGACGGUUCACGCAGGACGUCUUUCACCCCGACUCCAUCCGGAUCCUGAUGCUGAAAGAGAGACGGACGUUUAGUGGAGUUCGGUGGAGGGAAAGCAACGGCAGUUUUACAUUUUUUUUUGUUUUGUUUUGUUUUUGUUUACAUUUUAAUAUUUAAUCAUCACAGUGAUGAAAUGUCUGGAUUGUACAGGGUCACCAUCUUUUUCUUUUUUUUUUUUAAGAGAGCCAUUAAAAAGGCUUUUAAGAAAAUAAAUGAGCAUAGGAAAUGAAUGAAAUAUUCACAUCGUUUGAAAAAAUCCCUGCAUUAUAGAGAUCGCAAAGGAAUCGCAGAUAUUUUUAACCUUUAUUUCAGAUCAGCAUCCAUCGAGAACGUUGCUGUAUCGUACGUGGAAGAUAGUCCAGAUAGCCGGGCCUCCCCUAGUCUUUUUUUAAGUCACAUGAAGUCACACAUUUCUGUUUCAUGUCCGUUUUUUUUUUCAUCUUCCUUUAGACUUUAGCGCACUUUGCAGACUCAGAACGGAGGUGACGUGUAUCCUUCCUCAUUUCAUUCCUUUGAGCGUUUUUUUUCAUUCUUUUUUCUUUCCCUCCCCUGUCCUGUAAGGCCACGUGGUACUGACACGAAGACGUAAGGCGUAUAGGGAAAGCGACGCCUGACCGCAGGCUAAUCUCAUCUGUUUCAUUUAAACGCAUAAUAAUGGCCAAUGAUGUACAAGUGGAGGCCAUUAUGAGGAGCCGUUAACUCCUCUCGUACCGUAUGAAGCAGAGCUUUUAUGGCAGUGGAAAUGUUUUAAUUGGUAAUAUCUUUAUAGACUUCCCUAACCUUUUUUUCCCCCUUCUACAGGAAGCUUUCUGGCUGAGGAGGACGGAUAGUCGUUGUACGUUUCAGGGAAAAGCACGCUUCGGUUUCUACGCCCUUAACCGAUACUUUCCCUGACCGCGAAGGUCAAAUCAGAUAGAGCAGAACACACUGCUCGUUUCUUUUUCUUUUUUCCUUUUAGACAUUGUAGUCUUUAAAAACAUGAGAGCUACUCAUUGUGCUUUGGGAUAAUGAGUGUUUCCUGAGCUGGAAUUUUAAAGAUUGUAGUUGAAAGAACUUCCCUUUCUCUAGCUGCCUGUGUAGAUCGGUUUAAGUAAAUUAUUUAAAAAUAAUAUUAAUAAUAUUAAUAAUAAUAAAGUUUCCACUAGUGUCUACGUUUGUUUUGUUCCUUUCAUCGAAGGUCAGCGUACGGACGUCAGGCGCAGUACUCGACAUUCCUCGUCCUUUAGCCUCCUCUCAACCUCGACCCUCGCCAGUGGGGAAGGGGACACGGAGAAACUGGAGCAUUCACGCUCUAGGGAAAAAGGGCUAUGAAAUAAAUCUCAAAAAAAAAAGAAAGCAAGCUUCGAAGGCAUUCACAGGUGUCGUUCGUUCACGGUUACAUGCUUGAGGUCCGAUCACUGAUGUCUCGAGCAUCUUCAGAUCCCACUAGCUCUCUCCGUUCCAGCAGAUCACGUGGGGGGGGGGGGGGUGACCUGCUGGAACAGAGGACCUUAACCAGUGGACCAUGACGCUCCUGACCUACAUGCGGUAGAUGUUAUGGUCAUCGUCCCUGGUCUGACUUAUCAGAGAGGGGAGGCUUGAGGACUACGGUGUUGAGCGAGCGAAAGUACGGGAUCGUUUUGAAUUAACAUGUAAAUAUCAACAGCAGCGGCCUGCACCGGAACGGACCGUGCCUUCGUUUCGGGGAUCUGACCAAGGUGGCCUUUGAUUUGAAAAGAAAAAGAGAGACACUUAUCCCAUCUGAGCAAAACAAGAGGUUUUUUUUUUUCUUCUUUCCUUUGCAAUAUCUCCGUUCAUCUUUCCUGUACCACUUAUUUUCCGUUAUCUGGUCAUGUGUUGUGUGUAGAGAAGAAUCUUUCACAUACACGCUGAUUUCUACUGUCUGUAGCACUCAAUGCCCACUGUCAAAAAAAAAAAAAAAAAAAAAACAACAACAGGAGUCCUAUAAGAAACCAUAAAGAAAUGACCUUUAUUAUAUCUGUUUUGUGCCUCUGGCAGACGAAUAUGCUAUGGAAUGUCCUCGUGUCCCUGUAGCCAAAAUCUACAUGCUAUGUACGUGAACAUGUAUCAAUAUGCAUGAUUGCCAUUAGAACUUAGUACAUUGCUUGCCCUUUUACUAUUCUUCGUAACAAUGUUUUUUGUUUUUGUUUGUUUGUUUGUUUGUUUUUCUUUCUUUUUUUUUUUCCCUUCUGGAACACUCCUCUCCGAGAGCCGGCCAAAAAGUGUUUUAAGCGGAGGAUUCUGACCCGAAUGACCUGAACAUGGCUGUACACAGCGAAACUACAAGGUCACUUGUAUGUUUGUGCACUUCAGUUUAACAAAAAAACAAAACAAACAAACAAAAAAAAGAAAUAAAAACCAAACAAACAACAACAAAAAAAAAACCUUCAGUUAAGUUGGACAAGAAUAGUUUUUACGUUUUCUUUUCUUUUCUCUAUUCCAGUUGAUUACUCAGAUCCGAGACGACGGUUUCCGCAUGGGCUCCUAAAGCUGUUCCUCCUUAACACACGUCCCCCGAUGCCGUGGCAGACCUUUUCUCCGACUAAAUUAUUAUUUGUGGGUUUCGUUUUUUUUUCCUUCUAUUUUUUAAAAGAAGCCAAUGUUAGGCAUAGACUAUUUUACCUUAAGAGCAAUAGUUAUAUUUAGUAGAUCUUAUUUGCUUUGAUUUUUUUAUUUUUAUUUUAUUUUUUCCUUUUCCGUUUCUCGUGUCUUUAGAUCGUGUACGAUGUUAUAUAUUUGGAAAAACAAAACAAAAAAAUAACAAAAAAAACAACAAGGUUAAAGCUGAAUUAUAAGGAAUGCCUGAAAUACAAAAUUCAAUUAUAGCACUCGAGCUCAUAGGAAGAAAGGAGGACGAAGGUCAAAUAAAAACCAACACAUUCAGCUUCGAGUCUUCAUCGGUAGAACAUUCAUGGUCUAUUUAACAUAGUCUUGUGCCUUGAAGUUUCAGUAAUAGAACUUUAUACGGUAGUUGUAUUUUUAUUCUGAGUCCUGUGUUUGCCUCUUGUUGGUAUUCAGUGCUUUGGCUGUGUUGAGGAUUUAUAGAGACUGAUGAUACGUUUGUCUUGUUUUAUUUUCGUACAGGAAAAACCACAUUUGGAAUAAAUUAGGACAAAUGUACCUGGGCAAUAUUGACUGUGUAGAAGGUAAUAGGAUACUGGUAUUAUUAUUAUUAUUAUUAUUAUUAUUAUUAUUAUUAUUAUUAUCAUCAGCAUUUUUUUCAUCCCUGCUAUGUUGAAUGUGUCUCCUGUUGGAUGAAGUGUAUAUGUCGGGAAAUGUUCUCCAUUUUAAUGUUUUAACGUGUCAAGUUAUUCGUCAUUUAUAUAUAUAUAUAUAUAUAUAUAUAUAUAUAUAUAUAUAAAUAUAAAUAUAUAUAUAUAUAUAUAUAUAUAUAUAUAUA